AUGCGUUUGUUUUCGUUUUCCAUUCUGGUCACAGCUUUUGCUGCUACCUUUGUCAAUGCAGCCAGCUUUGCCGAUCUGGCAUCUCAGAUACCCGCCUGCGAUAACUGUACUGUUAAAGAACAACUGACUCUGAUGAGAGUUCAGAGCUUGGCUUGCGGUGUUCCCGUCCAGAGUCAACAGAUGAAGUUCAGGGUCAACGCCAUUAUUGCGUGUAUCCUGGCAGAGAUCGCAGUCAUUCUGAGAAUUUACUCCAAAGUUAGCAUUCUCGGCAAAUUAACUGUUGACGACUACUUGAUCAUGGUAGCAGCAUGUGCUACUGUACCAUACAUAUGGCUUGCUUGCAGACUCGCGGAUCUAGGGUUUGGCUUGAACAUUUGGGACAUCACCCCAUUUGAUAACUUAUACGAACUACUGAAGCUGUUCUGGAUUGAUCAGAUCAUGUACAGUGUUCAUUUGUACAGCACAAAGCUGUCCAUGCUCUUCUUCCUUCGUGGUAUUUUCACCACGUCAGAGUUCAAGAAGUUGACAUUGUAUAUCGGCGUCUUUGUCGCUCUUUGCGGUAUGGCAACGAUGAUUACUACAGGACUUCAGUGCUUGCCAUCCAGCUACAAUUAUACAAGCUGGGAUGGCGAGCACAAGGGACACUGUAACGAUCUGAACGUGCAGACUUAUAUCUUUGGUGGUAUCAACAUGGCCUGUGAUCUCGUCAUUCUAGUUCUACCAUUGCCUCAUUUGAUGAAGCUUCAAGUCAAGCACCGUCAAAAGGCUCAGCUUUUUGUCAUGUUCAGUCUUGGUAUUGUCGUUACCGUUUUCAGUGUCAUUCGUCUACCAUUCCUUGUCUCUCUUGGCAAAACCUCUAAUCCGACAUGGGAAUACGUUGAAGUCACCAUUUGGUCCAUUUGGGAAACAGAACUUGGCAUGGUAUGCGCAAGUCUCCCGGCUAUCCGGCAUCUUUGCAAGCAUUUCUGGCCCAACGCCAUGUCUACAAUUGCAUCAAAGAUGAGCUUUACAGGCUCCAACAAGGACUCCAAUUUUGAUAAGAGCGCGGGCAGCUGGACAGGUAGCCGCGGUACACGCUCAAAGACAGAUAAAGAUAACAAGUCAUACUACGAGUUGGAUGAGCGGAGUCUGAUCGGCAAGGGCCCCGAACCUGGUGCAGAUGGCAACACCACCAACGCUCAUUCGUCAGCGGUAUAG